CCUUUUCUUGACAUGCUCGCCAAAAUGGGAUUCAUCACCUAUGAGGAAACCCGCUGGAGAAAGAGAGUGACACCAGGCUGCAAGGUCUUCCUGGGUAACGACGGAGUCAAGGUUGUCGCAUGACUCUGGCGUCGCUGGGGAAGCCGGUGAGGGCGACCGCGAGCAGGCCGUGGUCGACGAGGAGGACAUGGUUGAGAACAAGAAGACGGGGUAUCCUGGGCAAACCCUAAGAGGUAUCUGGCUGCUAUUAAGUUUGGUCUGGCGUCAAGACAUGCACGAUAGCAAUUUACUCGGUGGACGUCCGAAAAUGGAAAGAUCGGUGCCACUGGUGCCACUAUGGGGAUCCGACGGACUAGUGUGCCGGCAGCCCCUCUCUACGGCUUCGUCCACGCGGGACCAUCCUUUACUGUUUUCUCUCCAUUACUGCAAUGAUCAGUCUUCAUGGUUCUCUUACUAGUCUUAGGAUCCACUUUCAUUCAAUAACUCAAGCUCAACCUCUCGCUUGCCGAGCAAGACAUCGCAUGUCUCACCACCGCAGGGCCGGGUUGCCGCCGUCACGCCGGAUAUUGUGCACGUGAUCUUCUAGACGCGUCCUUACGGCAUUUGCCGGCUUACCCUGGCUUACAUCGAGCCUUGCACGCCGAAUUUGGCUGCCACUGCACACGCUCACUGUACUUCUUCGACGUCGCCAUGAAACGCGGCGCAGAGAAACAAUUAUCCAAGGACGACGAUGGGGAAGACGAAGUGGAGGAAAUAUUCAGUCCUGGCCAGGGAUUCAAGAAAGCAGACGACAGUAUACUUGCCGGACGAAAAAUACGUAGCCUCCCAAAGCGUUCAUUAGCUGGCGCAGCUCCAGCACUUCCUUUGCCAGUGGCGCCGACACCAGUAGAGCCAGCCCCUACAACGGGUGUUCCAAAGUUCGGCGGAUUCUCUGGCUUUGCUGCCACACCAUUCACAUUUGGUGCGCCUUCCGCCACUAGUAAACCCUUCGCAGCACCCUCUCCGUUUGGAGCUUCAACAUCGCCACCUCAGUCUGCCUUCUCAUCUGCGUUCGGUGCCCCAUCAGUAUCGACCUCCGCAUCCAUUGCUACGAAGACGUUUGCAUCCUUCUUGGGUCAACCGCCAUCACAACCAGAACAAAAGCCUGAAGCCGAGAAGCCAAAAGAACCCAGCCCCCCAAGUGCUGACAAAGUUGAUGAAGAGCUGAAGAUCGAGACGAAAUACCUCGCUGCAUUACGCGGCCUGAACGCGUCCCUCCUAACAGCUGUCUCGAAAGCAGUCCAAACCGACCCGUUUCUUGAUGUUGCAGAUCUGCUCGCUCGUUACAAAGAGUUGCGCAUUGGUGUCAAGUCCGAAUAUGACGAAAGUCUAAAGAAACUUCAAUCGCCAGCUGCGGCUUCUACCACCUCGAAACCUUCAGCACCAGCGCCGCCCGUGUCUGCAUUCGGUAAAUCGGCGGACUCACAGGCAAAGACCACUACGCCGCCCACACCAACAUCAAUGCCUGCACCUCCUAGUGGCUUUGCCGGUUUCUCGGCUCCUCCGUCCUCGUCAGCUUUAGCUGCUCCUUCAGGAGGCGGCUUUGUGCCCAAGGUAGACACAUCAACUUCCUUGAGCAAAGCCAGUCCUUUCACUUUCCCCCCUCCAUCAACCUCCACAACGACUCCCGUACCCACUUCCACUUCCUCUUCGUCAUCGCUGUUCAGCUUUGGCAGCUCGUCGUCAUCGACGAGUACUGUAUUUGGUGCACCCUCAUCUCUAGCCAGCGGUCCUUUUGGCGGUCCUUCAACUGCCCCUUCAGUCUUCUCCAGCAACUUGUUUUCCGCUCCGGAACAACCGAAAGGUGCAGAGAAGGAAAAAGAAAAGCCGGCAGAAACAGCUGAUAUCGCUCCCCCAGCGGGCAGCACCAGUUCCAUUUUCAGCGGCGCGUCCACGUUUAGCGCAUCGGAGAAGUCAUACUCAUCUAGCAGUACCUUCGCCUUUGGUGCAACUUCACCAGGGAAGCCCUCGCCGUUUGCCGGGUUUGGAGCAGCAAAGAGUGCAGGCAACAUCGGCAACCCAGUUGGUUUCGGAUUUGGCAAUCUAUCCAAAACUGGAGAAGGUGAAUCGUCAUCUCCGUUCGGUCCUUCCAAACCCUCUGGAUUCUCAUUUGCCCCGUUGCCGACUACAUCAAAGCCUGCUGAGAAGGAAGCCCGGGAUGAGUCUUCUGGAGGUUCGGGUGGCGCAACCCCAACUGAAGAGCCUGCUCAGCCCUUGUUCCCAUCUACGUCUAUUCAUGAUAUGGAGGGUGAGGGGGAGGAAGAUGAGGUCACGACCCAUGAGAUCCGAACUAAGGUUUUCAAGACGGUGAAGAAGAGCGGUGGAGGACAGGAAUGGGGUGAUAUGGGCAUUGGUUGGUCUUUAUUUCCGCAUUCACGUUGGCCACGAGUCUCAUGCAUGGUUGCAGGUGUGCUUCGACUGAAGAAACACAAAGAGAGUGGCGCUCGCCGUUUACUGCUUCGGAAUAGCAGUACCGGUAAAAUUGUCAUUGUACGUAUCAAUUGUUACCCAUGGGUCGGCGUCGAAGGUCUAAUAAGACUUCACGCAGAACUUCAAGAUCUACACCGGAAUGAAUCCUACAAUCGACAAGAAAGUUGUCUCGUUCGUUGGGCAUGACUAUAGCGAGACGGCGGAGUCCCCAGGUGCAGCUACCCCAUUCAAGCUGCGUAUGAAAACUGAAGAGCAGGCAAACGCUCUGAAGGGUGCUCUAGACCGAGAGAUCGAAUUCGUGCAGGGCAAGGCUGAAAAGACCGAAUAAAUCUACGCGUCUUUGACUUACAUGUUGCAUUAUUCCCUUGUUAUUCCCGCAUACUUACGAUGAAUGCAUACAGCUAGCCUUCAAUAUCUUCGUUGCAUCAUGAGUGAUGACGAUAGAUAAACCCUUUUCCAUCGAUAUUACUACACAUGUCCGUCAUACGGAAAUGAUAUACUCCAAAGACCUGGUCUAAAAAUGCGUGAUUCUACUUGCCGAAAUGGCUUUGUGCGUUAUGCCAAGUGGAAUAAUGAACGAAGGCUUCGCUCAGUAAAAGC